AUGGGCAAAUGCCUCAGCAAGUGUCUGGUUGGGGCCAAUAAUGCCAGCAAUGUUGUCCCAGAGAGCUCCCCGACGCAGUCCACUCUACCGAGCGGUGCAAGUUCGCCUACGAAUGUAGUGGCUCCGCUUCCCAGUCCAAAUAACCAAGAGCCGAGAAGUACAGUAUCAGAACGAGAACAAACUACGAAACCCCUUCAAGUCCCUCAAAGAACCCCCAUGUCUUCGCCUAGAAGGCUCGAACGCGCGUAUUCAGCCGCAGAAAUGUCUACCUUGAAAAGUCAAACUGGUACAAUAAUUGGAGCUUCGACAUUGUCAACAACGCCAGACCGGGUGCUUAAGUCCACUCUACGCCAAGCGCACAGUGAAAACCGACUCAUGACAGCACGGACAGGUAAGCGAAGGAAGUUGCACAAACCUGUAACAAUCGGAAUUGAUGUUCUGCUACGAGAUGAACGCGCGAGAGUUGGAUUCUUCAAAUAUCUACGAGCAGCAGCUCACAUGGAUAAUCUCCACAUCGUUGAUGAUGAUAUCGAAGUUGGUACAAUGAAAUCUCAUGCCAGAACGGUAGAUUAUCGUGAGAAUUGCGUAUUGUUUUGGUUGGAGAUCAGCGACUUGCUGAAGAUCCCUAGUUCGACUGCAAAGGGGGGCGUUUCUUCCUUUCAAAUGGGGCUUAUUGAUGAUCUCUAUGAUGUGUAUGUCGCGAAGGGAGCAACACGUUUACUGCCUAUGGUGUGUCCGUCCGAGAGAGAAGUUUUGGCUCAAUAUCUAGCUGACAGGAACGCAGAGAAUGCUCUAUUGAUGUUUAAGAUGCUGCUACUUGACGUGCUUGAUGUGAUCACAGCAAACUUCGACGAAUAUGUACGAGAGCCUGGUCCGUUAGGCUACUCACACGCCACUCAGAGCGCAUCUAUGCGGAAUGUCCUGGCACAACUAGCCAAACGAGUGGCAGGUGGCGGCGUCACAAAUGGAGACCGGCGGGCCCACUUGCACCAUAUUCUCUCGACGCCUGCACUUUGUCGGAUGUUUCGCGAGUACCUGGCAGCUCGAAAUUCCGUUGAAAAUCUGCUCUUUAUCAUCGACGCCUUAGCGUUUGAAGACCUGGUCAACAUGUUGAAACACGCGCCUUCUACUUCGUUUAUGGAGAAGUCCGUGGAUGUUCGAAGUGCCGAGUCUCUCUCAGUGGAGUCACAUCAGGACUUUUGUGUUCGACAAGCACAUAAGAUUUUCAACAAAUACGUGCGCUUCGGAUCGAAGGCAGAGGUGUGUCUAGGAACAGCCGUCAAAGACCGAUUACUGGAGCGUCUUGUUGAGUAUCCGCUAGGUGCAGAUAUCUUCAGUGAUGCUGUUCUACUCUGCAGCGCCGAGUUGGUUCAGUCACAUCUCGAUGCUUUUUAUCGCUCGGUAGCCUAUUUGUCGUAUCAAUCGGAAGCUCAGAAGCAGAAUAAGCACGCUAAUAGGAAACCGAGUCGCAUUGUUGAAGACGAAGUCCCAGAACUGCAAGGUCCGUCCGUUGAAGACGGUAUUCCUACGCUGCCUGUAGCUGCUGUAGCAACAGGUAGUGGAGGAACAACCGGAGUUGCCACGAAGCCAGCAUCGAUCGGUCUUGCGGAGAUCCUGGAAGGUGCGGGUGUGCACUCCUUUCGAGAUUUUCUACGAGAACAAGGGGACGAGAACACUUUGCUCUUCUACAAGGAGGUGUGCGAGUUCCAACGUCUUCCUCAUAGUCAGCAGCAGUACAUUCAGAUGCGUGCACGACGGAUAUUUGACAAGUACAUUCGUCGUGGGGCGAGGUUGGAGCUGGAGCUGCCAGUAGAGACUCGACGAGAUAUCCUCUGGAAGUUGGCAACCCCGACGGAAGCUACUUUCUCGGAUGCUCAGCGUCUUGUUCUUCGACAGUGGGAAACACGGGACUUGCCCAAGUUCCGCAAUAGUCCAUUGUAUCAGGCAAUGCUGGAUCAGAUCGCUGCAUCACCUGCGUCGCCACGUCCAGGAAUUUCACACGACGGAGAGGAACAAACGGCCAACAAUUCUAGUAACGCUGGCUUCAUCGACGUCUCUAAACUAUCUCUACGUGAAUUCUUGGAGCUGGAACUACUUCGCAAAUACUUUCGACGGUUCUUGGAACGUGAGCAGUGUGCAAACGAGCUGUAUUUCUUCUUCGAGAUCGCCACGUUCCAGCAGUUCCCAACGUCAGACUACCUCGCUCGACAAGCAAGGAAACUGUUCAAUCGGUUCUGCGAUCCACAAUCUCGCGAGUUUGUGUAUUUCGCUUCAGCAGCAAUUCAUACCGACUUGCAAAACAGCUUAGCUAGCCCCAGUCCAGCCAUGUUUAAUAAGGCUCAGGAGCAGAUUUUCAACUUCUUCGCCACCACAUUAUUUCCUAAAUUUCAGCAAAGCGAGAUCUACCACGGCAUCCGUAUCACUCCUCAGCAACUACGAGAAGCACGACUAGCAACAAUGGGCGGGGCUUCAAACAGGACAAUCGCUGUUGUGAAACGAACCUCUAUCCAAACCCCGACCGAAGCUGGACGUGGAGAUGCGGAAGACAAAGCGUCAGAUGGUGCACUAACUGAAGCUGAUGUGACUGUAACGAUGAUCCUUGAGAAUCCGGAGACCCGUGCGAUGUUCCUCUUCUUUUCUGAAGAAAUCUUCUGCACGGAGAGUAUUUACUUCUGGAUGGACUGCAACGAGUUCAAGGACAUCCCUCACCGCAGUUAUCUGAAACUUCGGGCUCAGAAAAUCUAUCGAAAGUACAUUUGUGGACGAGCCAAGCUCCAGGUGAAUCUUGAUAGCACGCUGAUCCGAGUGAUCGAGAGCAACCUGGACAACCCCACGCGCACGUUGUUCGUACCAGCCCAACGAUCGAUCACCAAGAUGUUGGAGCGAGACACGCUGCCCAAGUUCCGUCGCUCCAAGCACUUCCAACCGUGCUUCCAGUUGCUACUCGCCGCUAGCUAG